CCUUCUGGAUCAGUUUCGUUACACGAGUGGACGUUGGUUUGGGCAUACAUAUAUAUGUACAUGUACAAGCAUGUUAUGGCAAGGAGUAGUUUGGUUUUAAAUGAUUACAGCACGUUUAAAAGAACGAAUAGAGCAUAGAAAUUGGCUCGAAAAUUCAUAGUAUGGAUGAGUGGUGGAAACGUUUGCAGGACUUCCGUGUGUCGGAGAAGGUUGGGUUUUUGGUAGAAAAUCCAUUGGACCACCUGUCGGAAUAUUUCCUUCCUUGGGAACAGCUCGGGAAGAAGGCUGCCAAGUUGGAUGCGGGAGAACUGAAAGACCAAGUUAAAAAGUUACCAUGUCUGGACUACACUCGUCUAAGGAGUUAUGAAGAGUACUGUUUAGCCCACAGCCUGUUGUCUACAAUUGCACACUGUUAUGUUUGGCAGGACAGAGAUAAGGGCGUGGUACCUGAGGUUCUUCCAAGGGCUGUUGCUGUUCCUUGGUAUCACGUGUCCCAGUACCUAGGACUUAACCCUGUCUACUGCUACAUGGCAGGUAUGCUGGCUAACUGGAGGAAGGAAUCGGAAGACAGCUGCGACAUUGACAUCAUUUGCGGCGCGCCCGGGACUCCCCACACCGACUGGUUUUUCAAAGUUUCAAUUCAAAUCGAAAUUGACUUUGGCAAGGGAGUCAAGGAUAUAAUUAAAACAUAUCAGUCGUUGGCGACAGGUAAUGACGACGGUUUGAUAGAAGGUUUGCAAGGGAUUGCAGACACCAUUCAGAGGAUGCAACAAACACUGUCCAGAAUGCACGAAAAACAAGACCCUUGGCCUUUUUAUAAUAAACUCCGACCGUUUUUCGAAGGCUGGGGAGCACAAAGCAAAUUUCUCCCGGAAGGACUGAUAUACGAAGGUGUCAGCGAUUCACCGUUACAAUACUUGGGAGGGAGCGCCGCCCAGAGUUCAACCAUCCAGACCUUUGACGCCAUACUUGGGGUCAAACACGGCAGGUAAUGGACUAGUACUAUACAGUAUCUGCUAAUGAGCACGUGCGAGUAAAAUUAUGAAAAACAAACUUUAUAACGUCCACUGAAGGUUAAGAUUUUUUUUUUUUUUUUGAAAAUUUUAAAUUUUUGUUAUAGUUACUGUAUGUGCAUGACUAUACUAAAUACGCAGAUAAGGGAGGGCAAUAAACGAUACAAAAAAAAAAAA